AUGAACUACCCGGAGGCUAUUCAGAACCUCAACUGCCUGGAAACUACCUUCAAGCAGCAGCUCAAGCCAAUACACAUUUUGUGCGGGAUCAGCAUGCAAACUCCAUACAAGAAGACGAAGACCUCCAAGAAGAAGAAGAAGCUAUUGAGUAGGACGAAGACCAAGGCUCUGGAUGAGAAGCAGAACCCGGGAGAAAUGAAGAUUUUGAUAAUGGUGGAAGUUAUGAAUAGAUUAGACAUCAUUAUCCACAGGCACGUUGGGGGAUGGAGACACCGCCAAGCCACCUGGCCAUGGUAA